AUGCUGGAUACAACCGUGGCAUCGCCAGAUAAAGCAGAAUCCGCGUCCCCGGGACCGUCAGCAUCCACAUCAGCUAGCAGUCCCCCUACAGAUGCAGCAGCAGCAGCCGAUGAAGUUUCUACUUCUAAAGCCAGACCUACCGAAGAAUCCAAGGAGCAGCAUUUUGACGACAUUCUCAGGACUGUAGCUAAGAGGAUUCAUAAGGAUGAUGAGAUCGACAAUCUAGGCGGUGUCUUGGGUUUUGAACCUCCGGAAAUACAACGUUACAUACACACGAACGCAAAAUACCAAACUGUCACAUACAUGGGAACACUUAGUAUGCUCCGCGAUUGGAGGAACAGGACAACAAGGUCCGAAGAAAGUGAAAAGUUGAAGAAAGCUCUGAUCGCGAUUAAUCACCGUCGACUAGCAGACGACCUCCUGAACGACGAUAAGGACAGUUAG